CAGGUGGGGAAAAACACACAUUUCCCAAGAAUCAACUGCACACUGUUGCACAGACACUCGCACAGCCUGCGGAUUUCACGGCUCACUGGGGAAUGCUGGGCAGGAACAUGCCACAGGCACAGCAGGGCAACACGCUCACCAGCCGGAGCCCACGCUGGUGCCUGGGGCAGGGCCCUGCACUGAAUCCCCUUUGGGUGUCUGCGAGGCCUGUGGUCAGAAGUCCAUCUGUGGCCCUCACUGUAACAAUCUAGGGGCUGCUCCACCCAGAAACGUCCAUCCUCUGAGUGUCUGCUCUGAAGAGGAUAAGAAUUGGUACGAUUUCCUUUUUCCUUUCCUCAAAAAAACCCCCUUCUAGUUUCACAAGUAUUCAGGGAGUGAAAAUGAAAACAGGCGUUACUUGAGGUUAAGGCCAACACAGGUUUCCGAAGGAGAGGCAGGUGAGUACCGACACGCCACCUCUUCCUGUAACACUGUGGGUGACUACAUCCUAGGCUGAAUGGCAUUCUCCGCGUGUUCCCUGAGGGGCAGCAUGAGGCCUGUGGCUUUUCUGUCUGCUCAUGUCAGUACUAAGAGGGAGAAAGUUCCACAAUGCUCAACAGUCAGCCGAGGGUGCAGGGCCUGGGUCAGUACUUUCUGGGGUCCACAGAGGGAGAUCUAGGAUUCGUAUCCGAUGAGAGGAAGAGCCUAGGAAAGUCCCCUGAGCUCUGCUACUUUGUCACUGGUGUGUUUGGUUUUGGUUCUCCCAGGAAGAAUCUGCCAAAGGCGAGGGCCAUGGACUUCAUCACCUCCACAGCCAUCCUGCCCCUGCUGUUCGGCUGCCUGGGCGUCUUCGGCCUCUUCCGGCUGCUGCAGUGGGUGCGCGGGAAGGCCUACCUGCGGAAUGCUGUGGUGGUGAUCACAGGCGCCACCUCAGGGCUGGGCAAAGAAUGUGCAAAAGUCUUCUAUGCUGCUGGUGCUAAGCUGGUGCUCUGUGGCCGGAAUGGUGGGGCCCUCGAAGAGCUCAUCAGAGAACUCACCGCUUCUCAUGCCACCAAGGUGCAGACACACAAGCCUUACUUGGUGACCUUCGACCUCACAGACCCUGGGGCCGUAGUUGCAGCAGCAGCUGAGAUCCUGCAGUGCUUUGGCUAUGUGGACAUACUUGUCAACAAUGCUGGGAUCAGCUACCGUGGUACCAUCAUGGACACCACAGUGGAUGUGGACAAGAGGGUCAUGGAGACAAACUACUUUGGCCCAGUUGCUCUAACGAAAGCACUCCUGCCCUCCAUGAUCAAGAGGAGGCAAGGCCACAUUGUCGCCAUCAGCAGCAUCCAGGGCAAGAUCAGCAUUCCUUUUCGAUCAGCAUACGCAGCCUCCAAACAUGCAACCCAGGCUUUCUUUGACUGUCUGCGCGCCGAGAUGGAACAGUAUGAAAUUGAGGUGACCGUCAUCAGCCCCGGCUACAUCCACACCAACCUCUCUGUCAAUGCCAUCACCGCGGAUGGAUCUAGGUACGGAGUUAUGGACACCACCACAGCCCAGGGCCGAAGCCCCGUGGAGGUGGCCCACGAUGUUCUUGCUGCUGUGGGGAAGAAGAAGAAAGAUGUGAUCCUGGCUGACCUACGGCCUUCCUUGGCCAUUUAUCUUCGAACUCUGGCUCCCGGGCUCUUCUUCAGCCUCAUGGCCUCCAGGGCCAGAAAAGAGCGGAAAUCCAAGAACUGCUAGUACUCCGACCAGCCAGAGCCAGGGCAGAGGAGCAGCGCUCUUAGGCUUGGUUCCUCUACAAGGGACAGUUGUAUUUGUUGAGACUUUAAUGGCGAUUUGUCUCACAAAUGGGAAAGAUUGAAGAAACACGUCUCACGCAGAUCUGCUGGCAGAGGAAGAGAACCAAAAAUGGCAGCAAGCUUCCUCCCAGGGUGAGGGGAGACACUUCCGGAGUAAACGUGGAGCUGGGGUUUAACCCUAAAACCAAGAAAUAAACAUCUCAAACAGUAA